GCUGCGCGGCCAAGGGCGCUCCCCCCCCCUCCGGUCCCGGGGCGCCGGUGGGCUGAAAUGGGGUGGGGAUCUGUGUGAGACGAGAAAAGAUCCCUGGCCUGGACCUUGGCCCUUCUUCCCCGCCCUGCCCUGUCCCAGAGAGGCCGCACUCCUGCUCCAGCGUGCGGGGAGUGUCUUGUUUCCUUCGAACAGUGCUUUGGGCUGCUUGUAAGAGAAAGCUCCUCGUUGCUGGGAGUGUGCAAGCUGAAGCCAGGCUUUUGAGUACUUGUGGUGCCACGCCCUGAGCAGGGCACGAUUCCACAACAGAGAGGACCCGAUGAGGGGGCGGGCAGCCUCUGGGAUCUUGACUUCUGGAGCUUCCCAUCAGACACACCUCUCGAAGCGCAGGGCUUUCCAGUUGAGAGGUCCAUUAGCGGCGUUCUGGAGGCUGUCUAGUGAGAGUGGCGCAGAGCCUGGGCGUGGGGGUCAGACCCAUCUGGGCUCCAGUUGAGGCUGAGGCCUUGUGCAGGUGCCUGCCUCUGCCUAAGUUACUUCAUCUCUAAAGUGGGACUGAUUACAGUGCUUACCUUCUGGUGAUGGUGUGAGCAUCAAAUAGCAGGAGGCACAAGAAGGGCUGAGCACAGUGCCCGGCAUGCAGUAAGCGUUCAGUAAAUACCUGCAGUUAAUGUUAUCCCACCUUCCAGGACCCUCCCUGGGUAAGAUGGUUGAGUGCCAGGGAAGGCUGGGGCCCCUCAUUGAGCCCUGGUUGCCUGGGAAGGGCCUGCUCAUGCUGCUGUCUUGCGAGAUGUGAGAACCUGGCUCCGCUGAGGGCACCAGGACUGAAUGCCAAAGAACUUUGACCCUGGUGUUCUGGGUUGUACUGGGGGUGGUAUGGCCCUGCCAGGUGCUGGGCCUUGCCUGCCUGCCUGUCUACCAUUCAUCCAUCCAUUCAUUCAUUCAGCCAAUAUCCGCUGAACGCUUCUGAGUGCUAGGCCCUGGGCUAGCUCUGGUUUUAGAAUGCUUAACAGACCUGAAAUAUCCCUGCAUUCCUGCACUAUGAAAACCAGCUGCUCUGUAAGAGGAAAGCCAAAGUCUGGAGGUGGGGAAAGACUUGCUAAGGCCUCUGCACCUUCACAGCUUCCCCUCCUGGCCUCAGAGUAGCUUCUUGGAGUGCUCGCAAUCCAACGAGCCAGAAGGAACCUGGCAGGCAGUUGUGUGCAGCAUGAUACAGGCUGUGAUGGACCUGGCUGAGCCUGGAGCAUCUGGUGAUCUCUCAGGCCACCUCCUUGCCUACCUGAGCCUCAGCCCUGUAUUUGUCAUCGUCGGUUUCGUGACCCUCAUCAUAUUUAAGCGGGAGCUGCACACGAUCUCCUUCCUUGGGGGCCUGGCACUGAAUGAGGGGGUCAACUGGCUGAUCAAAAACGUCAUCCAGGAGCCACGGCCCUGUGGAGGCCCCCACACAGCAGUGGGCACCAAGUACGGGAUGCCCUCCAGCCAUUCCCAGUUUAUGUGGUUCUUCUCCGUCUAUUCCUUCCUUUUCCUGUAUUUAAGAAUGCACCAAACAAACAACGCCAGGUUCCUGGACUUGCUGUGGAGGCACGUGCUCUCCCUGGGACUCCUCGCUGUGGCCUUCCUAGUCUCCUACAGCAGGGUCUACCUGCUGUACCACACCUGGAGCCAGGUGCUCUAUGGAGGCAUCGCUGGAGGCCUCAUGGCCAUCGCCUGGUUCAUCUUCACCCAGGAGGUCCUCACCCCGCUGUUCCCCAGGAUAGCAGCCUGGCCUGUCUCUGAGUUCUUCCUAAUCCGAGACACAAGCCUCAUUCCCAACGUACUCUGGUUUGAGUACACGGUAACCCGGGCAGAAGCCAGGAACAGACAACGCAAGCUGGGGACGAAACUGCAGUGACCAGUGGGUGUGGCUGGGUCCAGCCUCCAGAUCUGGCCCGCACGAUGCCUUGCAGGAUGGACAGGAUGACAGACAGGGACGAAGCAGAGACCUCUACAGACCCAAGUCACCAAGUGGAGCCUUUUUUUUUCUUAUUUUAAUUUUAAUGAACAAGGUGGACCAAAGGGCUGAACCAGCCCCUCAACCAGGACCCUGGGGGGCCUGCUGCCUGGGGGCCGUGGCCAGAGACCCUCGCUGUGCUGCUGCCAGCCACCGGCUGGGCAGGAAGUGCCCUCGGCGUGGGCACCUGGGUAUGAGUUGGAGGAGGAGGGCUUGCGCCUCUGGUCUCGGGGCCAGGAAUUCCAGGUGGCGUGAGUAGUACACACUAUUUAUUUUUUGGUUUUAUCAGAGGCAGGCAGGAUUUUGGAGCUGGAAGAACCUGUUCUCCGGUGGCUGCCCUGUGAACAGAGGGCUCCCGGUCAGCUUCCCAGGCCCUUUGCCCUAUGCCCAGAGGGCAGACUGCCUCUCCCUGGGCCGGGGUGGCCUGGGUGACAGGAGGAGGGGAGCAUACCCCAUACCCUCCCUGCCACCGUUGCCAUUCCAGAACCUCGGUCAGUGUUUCCCUGUCUGGGGGCAGGGCCCAGAGUGAGCACGCGUCUGGCGGCUGCUGUCAUUGUGUUCUACCCCGUAUUGACCCAACACCACAAGGGCUUUCUCUGGUCCCCUGUCCCUAAGACAAUAAUCCCUUUCUGACAAAGGAGCCUGCACAUGUGGGUGAGCAGACCCAAGCUGUUUACAGCUCUUUCUUGUCCUGUCAUCCAGUAGCAGUUAGUCUUCAUCCCCACGCGAACAAAAUGGGAAGGAGCCGCGAGGAGAGGAGUGAGGCAGCGGGCGCCCGAAGUCCCUCGUCCUUCCCUCUGUGUGUUCUGAAUAUGUCCUUGUCCUUCCCGACCCAUCUCUGACCAGCUGGGAACCUGCUUGGGGUCCCCCUCAAACCUGUGUCUGGGGUGUGGGCUCACAGAUCCCUACCAGCCCGGUUCGUGGGAGGGCUCUUCCUAAAGGGACCCCCAUCUCUAAGUCACUCUGAAAGGGAGUUGUGGAGAGGAUACGCCUCCAGACUCUCAGAAGUUUUGGACUGAACUGGGUCACUCGGGAUCUGUGUUUGAAUCCUCCCCACCCCUUUCUUUGUGGAGGUUCCUAACCUGCUGCUGAAGCACAAUAUUUUGGUGCUUUCUUUUCUCAUUUGUUAAAGGCAGUGUCCAAAAGCCAUUCCAGAUGCCAGGACCAGGGGCUUAUUUCUAGGGAAGGUAGGUCGGUUUCCACGUUUCCCUCCCGUUAUUUUUAUUUUUUACUUUUUGCCUGAGACAAGCCGAGUAUGAGGUGGUUUGAUUUAAGAAAAAUCAAUGAAAUUGUUUACUAUUGUUUUAAAAUAAAACCGUAAACUCUG